AUGAACGCAGCACCUCCAUCAAGCGACAUAACAUCGCUGCGUAAUGUGCUCGCGAAUCACCAGCAUCUUCCUAUGGCUGCCAGAACUGCUAUCAAUGCGUUUCUAGCAAAAUUGCAGCAACUGCAGCACCGCGACAAUCGCUCGGGCACUUCAGGCUUUGAACGUGAAUACAGGAAAAUCUGCUUCAGUGUUGACAAAGCUCCAGGCUACGACGAUGCGUUGACACCACAGACGAAAGCAACAAAAGCAAAGAAUCGAUACCGAGACGUGUUGCCAAUUGAAAAGACACGAGUCAAGCUACUGCGACAAUCAGAUGACUAUAUUAACGCCAACUAUAUUGACGGUGGCUACAUCGCUUGUUGUGCCCCUGUACCCGCGGCAAUUCGAGACUUUUGGCACAUGAUAUGGCAGUGUCAUGUUCAUGUAAUCCUCAUGCUUACAAAUUUCGUAGAACAAGAGCGAGUAAAAGCUGACAUUUAUUGGGAUCCUAAAGGACUUGAGCUUGAUUUUGAUGGUGUUCAAGUGAAAGUACUGGAUGAAAGUCAUCAUUCAGGAUUUCUUGUUCGAAGGUUUAAAGUUUGGAAAAUCGACAAGCAAGGAGUUGAAAUUGAAAGUCGCAUCAUUCAACACAUUCAGCUGACUACGUGGCCCGAUCAUGGCGUAUUGCAUGACUAUCAAGUCAUUGCACCAAUGUUGGAUGCCGUGAAUAGCUAUUGUACCAAAACAUCUCGGCAAUAUCACGUCGAUACGCGAAUUGUGGUACAUUGUAGCGCAGGCAUUGGCCGAUCCGGCACAUUUAUCGCUAUUGAUAUUUUGUUAAAGAGAUUGAACCAAAUUUUAACUAGUAGCGACUGCAGUACACAAGCAAUGGAAAUGGCGCUCGAUAUUCCAAAAGUUGUGCAUCGUCUACGAUCGCAACGGCCUGGUAUGGUACAAACGCCGGAACAAUACCAAAUGAUAUACGAAUAUUUAGCUGCCGUGCUUAGCGACAACAAGCCUUGGUGA